GCACUAGCCGCGAUCGUUGCAUGAUAUCUCGUGUUUUUUGGAAUACGCGGCUCGUGUGUGUGUUCCAGCUUCGCGUCUCGUGCCCGUAUUUUAUGACUGGUAUUGACGGACAGAAAUUGAAUCGAGCGCGCGUCGUAAGUGCGGUGAGGUAUAAACAAAGUGUUGUGGCUUGAUCACGCGGUGAAGAUGGAGGAUACAGAAGCGAGAAUCACGCCGGGGAUCAGCAUGUCCGUAUUCGUACUGGUGAGCACGUUGUUUCUCGGCGGUGUGCUCCUCGUGAUCAGUUACAUCGUUAGCCGGUUGUCACGGUCCAACAAAUCUACGGAUUCGACGAAAAAUGCCACAGAAUCGGAAAAAGUGAAGUUCGAAGAUUCGAGGGACUCGACGAGCGGAUCGACUGCGACGACCGGCAGCGGCGCGGGCGGAGGCAAACGAGCCAAGAACAAGAAGAGACGCGAGGCGCAGCAGGAGUUCACGCAUUCCUGGAUGGUGGGUGCGCUGAAGGGUCACACCGCCCCUGUCCUCGACAUGAAUUUCUCGAGCAACGGCAAGUUCCUCGCAAGCUGUGCCGAAGAUUGCGGCCUGCGGCCGGAAGAGGAGGUCCUGGACCCAGGGGAAACCGAUCGGUACGCCGGCUGUAAGGUGAGCCGUGAGACGCCAUCAUCCACUAAGACGACGACCACAUCGGCAACUGGGAGCAAGAGCAAGUCAUCGAUUUCGUCCUCGUCGACCAAUGCUUCCGGUACCACGCCCACGACAUCCACAACAUCCACAACGUCCGCUGCAGGGACAAAGGAGGAUCGAGCGAUCCUGAGCAGAAGACAGCGAAAAAAUCGCACCAGGGCACCACGUGACCAGCGUCGAGAACGUGACGACGAGCACGAGGAUGAACAGCCGACACAGCAGCAGCGACACCGUCGCCACCAUCACUGUAGACAGCAGCACUAUCAGAAUAGUCCAACAAGAAGUUCUGAGUUCACAGGAAUAACUACUUCUGUCGGAAGAAAUUCUGGUUCCAGAAGGAACCACUCUCAGAACGAUUCUCAUCACGAGGAAAGCAAAAACGAUAGUGUGAAUGGUAGUGGCGGAAAUAAUGGUUCGAGGAAGGCUCGUGGUAUCCUAAGCAGUCAAAGAAAGGAACUACACCACUUGAGCGACGCGGCACUCGCGUCGCUGCUCCGUCGGUACACGCUCACUGGGGAGCAACUGACUCACCUUGGUUACCCCGUCGAGUGUAGCUACUUUCCUGGUUACGCGGUCAUCAUCAAUCAUCACCAGCACCCGAUGGGUCAUCGUGCUCGUGGAUACCAUCACUUGGACGCCAAUGCACGUGAAUUUGUUCCUGGUAACAAUAGUAAAUCUUGGACCAUGGUGGAGAGCGAAGGGGAUAGUGGUAACUGCAGUGGAAGUUCUUUGGAGAGUUCAGAUUUAGAACAAGAGAGCGCGUCGGAUAGUGACAAGAGUUCAGACAUCGGUGAAUCUUCGUCCUCUGCUGAUUCCUCAUCGUCAUCAUCUUCUUCCUCGUCUGGAUCUAGUUACCAGGAGAAAUCACGCAGAGACUCCACUCCAGACCCCUAUGAAUUGGUGGUGGUUGAGAGAAGAUGCGCCAGAUGUUUCAAGAACUUCUACAUUAACAGAGAAGACGGAGAAUACCUACAUGAGGAACGCUGUGUGUAUCAUUGGGGUAAAUUGAGAAGUGGUCUGGUAGAUGGUGCUCAUGGCGAUACAUGGGAAUGCUGCAGGGGUCGAGAAAACGCCAGAGGAUGCACCACUGCCAGGAUGCACGUGUGGACGGGUCUUGCACUCGGUUACAAUGGUCCUUUCGAUGGUUAUGUUCGUACCAGACCAGCCAGAACAGUACCUAAGGACGGAAAUUAUGGCGUCUACGCACUUGACUGCGAGAUGUGUUUUACGCGGCGGGGGCUCGAACUGGCGAAGGUCACGGUAGUUGGUAUGGACGGCAAGGUCGUGUACGAUACUCUGGUGAAGCCAGACGCCGAGGUGAUCGAUUACAAUACCAGAUUCUCGGGCAUCAACGCGAAAGAUCUGUCCAGGGCGUCAAAAACGCUGAGGGAUGUGCAGAAGGAUCUGACCAGUUUCGUACACGCGGAGACCAUCCUUAUUGGACACGGGUUGGAAAAUGAUUUAAGGGCGUUGAGGAUAUUACACACUACGGUGAUCGACACGUGCGUCGCGUUCCCACAUUUCCUCGGCUAUCCUUUUCGUAGCAGCCUAAAAACGUUAGCGAGGACAGUGCUGCGAAGAGAGAUACAGGUGACGGAACACGAUUCCGUCGAGGACGCCAGGAUCGCGGUGGAUCUUAUGUUACGAAGACUACAACACGAUCUCUUGUAGAGUAUAUAGGUGAGAGAGUGUAUGUGUGUGUGGACAAGAAGAAAGAAGAACAGGAAGGUACUUGGUAACAAGGAGUCGAAUACAUAAUUAUACAUACACAUAUACAUAUAGUGAACGAACUGUCGGAUUUCUUUUUCGCGGGAAAGAACUGAUCUAUCGUUCGAGCCUGCGAUUAAAUAUGUGCACGCGAUCACGAGGCCUCGACGUGUGCGGAGUUCUCGUUCGAUUAGCGCCUGUGUGUGUGUAAAUUGUAAGUGGGUCACGCUCUUUGUUUUUUUUUUUUUUUUUUUUCUCUCGAGGAACAGCGAAGAAGCGCUAACGAGAAUUAUUAUUGUAGAUCCACGGGCACCCACGAUGAUCGACUCGAUUCCGCGUGCUAUUGCGACUCCUUCCGUCAGUGUUCAGUUCCAAGUGAAGUCUGUGAUACGUUACAUAUACAGAAACAUAAAAAAAAGAGACUAAACUAAACGUUUACAUGUGCGCGAUCCCCAUGUGUGUUUAGCCAGUGCUUGUCACAACACUCGGGGCGCGGUUUUUCACUCGCACAGAUGGAUUUAGAGAUUCCUACAUGCAUACAUUCAUACACA